AUGUCUCAGGUUCCUCCCGACCUUUCCCAGCGGCCCAAGAACCUGCACCAGCGCAUUACCGUUGCCGACGACGAGGAAGUGGACCCCCUGCUGGAGCAGACGGGCUGCGUGAAGCCCUACACCGCGCUGGAGGAGUGCCUGGGCGAGAACGACCGCGACUGGACCAAGUGCCAGGCAGAGGUGCUGCUGCUGUACCGCCGCAUCCUCAAGGCCGCCAAGCUGUUCCCCUCCAUCAAGCGCGACGCCAUCAUAGGCGACAUCAAGCGCGAGUUCCGGGAGCACAAGGCGCUGCUUGCCUGCCUUGCCUGUGUGCAGGCGCUGGCGGACCCUGCCCGCGUGCGGCACGAGCUGGGGGUGGCGCUGAGGAGCCUGGAGCAGCUGGAGGGGUAUGCGGGCCUGGGGCACUCGGGCAGCAGCGACCUGGCGGUGUCGCUCAAGGGCAGCUGCGACUGA